AUGGAUUACCACCUGCUUGGACUAAUUCUGUCUUUUCUCUUCAAUGGCACAAAGGUCUUAGCCGGUUACCCAAUUUGGUGGUCCCUGGCCCUGGGCCAGCAGUACAGCUCCCUGGGCUCCCAGCCCAUCCUCUGUGGCUCCAUCCCCGGCCUGGUGCCCAAGCAGCUCCGCUUCUGCCGCAACUACAUCGAGAUCAUGCCCAGCGUGGCCGAGGGGGUGAAGUUGGGCAUCCAGGAGUGCCAGCACCAGUUCCGGGGCCGCCGCUGGAACUGCACCACCAUCGACGACAGCCUGGCCAUCUUCGGGCCUGUCCUGGACAAAGCCACACGCGAAUCCGCCUUCGUGCACGCCAUCGCCUCGGCCGGGGUGGCCUUCGCUGUCACCCGCUCCUGCGCCGAGGGCACCUCCACCAUCUGUGGCUGUGACUCCCACCACAAGGGACCCCCGGGGGACGGCUGGAAGUGGGGGGGCUGCAGCGAGGACGCCGACUUCGGGGUGCUGGUGUCCCGGGAGUUCGCGGAUGCACGGGAGAACCGGCCGGACGCGCGCUCCGCCAUGAACCGGCACAACAACGAGGCUGGCCGGACGACCAUCCUGGACCACAUGCACCUCAAGUGCAAGUGCCACGGGCUCUCGGGGAGCUGCGAGGUCAAGACCUGUUGGUGGGCCCAGCCUGAUUUCCGAGCCAUCGGGGACUACCUGAAGGACAAAUACGACAGCGCCUCGGAGAUGGUGGUGGAGAAGCACCGCGAGUCGCGGGGCUGGGUGGAAACCCUCAGGGCCAAGUACGCGCUCUUCAAGCCACCAACAGAGCGGGACCUGGUCUACUACGAGAACUCCCCCAAUUUCUGUGAGCCCAACCCCGAGACGGGCUCCUUUGGGACGAGGGACAGGACGUGCAACGUCACCUCGCACGGCAUCGACGGCUGCGACCUGCUGUGCUGCGGGCGCGGCCACAACACGCGGACUGAGAAGCGCAAGGAGAAAUGUCACUGCAUCUUCCACUGGUGCUGCUACGUCAGCUGCCAGGAGUGCACGCGGGUCUACGACGUCCACACCUGCAAGUAAAGCACAGGUGGGGCUGCACUGGUGGAGGUGGCUCCAGAGCAGGGCCCCAAGGGUCACUCAGACCCACACGUGGCCUCACACUGAUGGAGGAUGGCACAAAAAUCCUGGUGGCCCCAGCCAGGGUACCGAGAAGGCUCUGGGCAGCUCACCCAGGUGAGGUGGGACUGCUGGUGCAUC